AUGGAGGCGGUGCAAGUCGACAAUGAGGAGACGUCGGCGUCUGCCCUGGAGCUAAACCUCCUCGGCGCUCUUGGCGUUGAGGAGGAGAAGGGAAAGGCCAUGUCGAGCCAGGCGGCCGGGCCGUCGGUGGCGGCAGCCGGAGGCGGCGCUUCUCGCCGCAUGUUCAAGUGCAACUAUUGCCAACGCAAGUUCUACACGUCGCAGGCGCUAGGCGGCCACCAGAACGCACACAAGCGCAAGCGCUCCCUCGCCAUGGGCAUUGCCGCGGGGCGGGGUACCGGCCCUGGCGGCCCCCUAGUGCCGCACCACUUCCGCUUCCCCAGCGUCUGGCCCUAUUCCGCCACCGGAAGGUCGUUCGUCGGCGCCGCGACGCCGUUCUACGGGAUGCACAUGCACUACAACUGCCCAGGAUGGGGCCCGGCGGCCCAGCCGUCUUUGGCUGGGCUCACCCAUCACGCUGGCGCCAACCAGCCGAUGUACCGGGCGGAGGCCGGCUAUGGCGCGCCUCUCAGGGCUCCCAUCUCGGGCUUCCCUGACGCUGCGCCGGCGAUGACCGCGAUCCAGUGGGCCGGUGGCAGCGGCAGUGGCAACGGUGGCGAUCAUAACGUUAGUGAAGUGAAGCAAGAUGAGGAAGUCGCCAGCAAGAUAGACUUGACUCUCAAGCUCUAG